AUUUCACAUGUUCAUACACAAACAAGCCCAAACUUUAAUCUCAUUAAUCCACACAAGCAACCUCAACCAAUUAAUACACACCUCAUGUAAGAUUCUUUCAUCUCCUACGUCAAACCUUGCCAAACCCUUUACCUUAUAGACUAAAGAAGAAGAAGUAUAGUUACAAAAGCCACUUCAUAUUAUUUCUUAAUUCCAACUAUAGACCCUAAAACUGUGUAUAAAAACUCAUUGCUAGACAUUGGAAAAAAAAAUCCAAGAAGCUUACUUAAAAUAUUUGUUCAUAAAAAACUUUAGCUAACAAAGUUUACAAAAUAUUAGAGAAAAUUUGAGAGUAUUAAUUAGAAGAAUUCAAAGGUGAAUAACAUGGCGCCGAUUGUUAGCAAACUCUAUUGUUCGCCGUCGCAGACGGUGCUCGGUGUAAGGAGAAGGCCACAUGUGGUGAAUGGUGGAGGUUUUGUAGUAACCGAUUGUAGUACUCAAAAGGUUGUUUUUAAAGUUCAUGGUUGUGGGAUUCAUGGCAAAAAAGAAGAGUUGAUUUUAAGAGAUAGGGAUGAAGAACCUUUGCUUCUUAUGCGUAGAAAGGGAGGCAUGGUUGAGGUUCUAAGCAUUUCAAAGAAGUGGAGAGGUUACAGUGUAGACUAUGAAGGAAUACAGAAACAGGUUUUCAGCUUAAAAGAGCCUGGAAGUUCAUGUUUGGUUAAGAACAAAGGAAUUAGAAUUUCCAUUGAGGAUGGAACUGUUGGUAACAAAGGUUGGGAUUUUGAGAUCAGAGGCUAUUUCCCUGAUAAGAAUUGCAGCAUUGUUGACACUAGAGGCAACAUAGUAGCACAGGUUGGAGUGAAUAAAGAAGUAGAGAAAUUGAUGGAAAGCAAGGAUUUGUACCAUGUGGUGGUGAAACCAGGGAUGGAUCAAGCUUUUGUUAUUGGAGUCAUAGCCACUCUUGACUACAUUUAUGGAGAAUCCACAUAUUGUUAAAUCUUUAGUUGUCAAUUGUUAGCAAUUUGAUAUUGAUGGGAUUAUUGCUAUGAAAUUAAAUCUAAUGUGUAUUUGUUCAAUUUUCUCCUACCAUCACAAUCUUGAUGCACCAAUAAUAUGGAAAGAAAAUUUGUUUUGUACGUUAAAUAUUGCUCCUUUUGUUUUGUAUAUGGGAUUUUCAUGACUGACAAUUAAUGAUGGGUGUACAAGUUAUUUAAUUGUUGCCAAAAGCUUAUUGUUUGGAA